AUGCAAAAUUAUUAUCAGCAGAACGUGUUUGAUGAUCAAACCUUGGACGUAACGCUGCAACUAAGUCUUGUCGGUACAUUAUGUGGGUUGCUGUCAAAUUCUAUGUCCUUGCCGGCUCAAAUUUUGCGAUCCAUAUAUGGUACCAAAUUUGUGCUGAAUAUUGGUAGUACCUUGAUGGUGAUAGGAUUAGUGGCAGCAGGAUUUACAACAGAGAUCUGGCAUUUGUAUUUGACGCAAGCUGUAUGUUUUGGUGCAGGUGUUGGAUUUGUGUACUCGACAUCGCUGGCUAUCGCCCCUCAAUAUUUUUAUCGUAAGCGUGGCGUUGCACUCGGCUGUUUGUCGAGUGGAGCCUCCAUUGGUGGUCUAGUCAUACCAUUCAUGAUGACUCCCAUUAAUAACAGUCUAGGAGGUGCAUGGACAUAUCGUAUUUUAGGUAUCAUCUGCUUCGUAUUUACCUUCCUUGGCUGCUAUUUAACGAAAGACCGUGUUCCUCUCCCCCGUUCCCGUAAAUCCGUGAAUGUCAUAUGCAGUCUUGAUAUCUUUCGAAACAAAAAUUACCUACUAUGGUGUUUGGCCGCUACUUUUCAAAUGGCAGGGUAUUAUAUACCAUCCUUUUAUAUACCAUCAUACGCCACAUAUCUUGGGCUUUCGACCGCUCAAGGCUCUGCCCUUAUAUCUAUAAAUUUUGCCUCAAAUUUUUUCGGUCGCUUCUUCUCAGGAGCGCUUGGUGAUCGACUAGGACCUAUCAACUCAAACUUUCUUUUUGUGACAAUCACUGGUCUGAGUAGUAUGCUUCUCUGGAAGUUUGCAUAUAGCUACGGAAUGCUUAUUGCUUUCAUGAUUGUCUUUGGCUUCGCUUGUGGAUCUUAUUUUUCUCUCGUAUCCCCAAUAGUGGCAUUCCUCUUGAGUACAGAAAAUUUUUCAAUUGGUUUGGCGAUCAAUAUAUUUAUCGCUGCGUUUGGCAUUCUUGGUGCAACUCUUGCAAGCGCAAUUGAAAGCCAUGUCACACCUGAGCCAUUUCUAACAUUCAAGAUGUUCACAGGCGUUGCAUAUAUACUUGCUAGCUUUACUCUACUAUGCCUUAAACUCAAUGUGAACCGUACGCUUUUGGCCAAAGUAUAA